UCCUGCUAGCAGCCCAGCGGCCUCUCCGAGGAUGCUACAUUUAAAAGUGCAGUUUUUGGAUGAUUCCCAGAAGAUUUUUGUGGUUGAUCAAAAGUCAUCCGGGAAGGCGCUGUUUAACCUGAGCUGCAGCCAUCUAAACCUUGCUGAAAAGGAAUAUUUUGGAUUAGAGUUCUGUAGCCACGCUGGAAAUAAUGUCUGGUUGGAACUUCUGAAGCCCAUUACAAAGCAAGUAAAAAUGGACCCUGGACAUCUGCGUGAAGAACUUACAAGAUAUCUCUUUGCUCUUCAGCUCAAGAAGGACUUGGCUCUGGGACGCCUUCCAUGCAGUGCCACCUGUGCUGCGCUAAUGGCAUCCCACAUCUUGCAAUCAGAACUGGGAGACUUUCAUGAAGAAACAGAUAGGAAACAUCUGGCACAAACCCGGUACUUACCGAACCAGGACAGUUUAGAAAACAAGAUCAUGCACUUUCACCAAAAGCACAUGGGCAGGAGCCCAGCCGAAUCUGACGUCCUCCUGCUGGACAUCGCGCGAAAGCUGGAGAUGUACGGCAUCAGGCCUCACCCCGCCAGCGACGGGGAAGGGCUACAGAUCCACCUGGCUGUGGCACACAUGGGAGUGCUGGUGUUACGGGGAAACACAAAGAUCAAUACUUUCAACUGGGCUAAAAUUCGCAAGUUGAGUUUUAAGAGAAAGCACUUUCUCAUCAAACUUCACGCCAACAUCUUGGUGUUGUGCAAGGACACCUUGGAGUUCACCAUGGCCAGCCGAGAUGCCUGCAAGGCUUUCUGGAAGACUUGUGUGGAGUACCAUGCUUUUUUCAGACUUUCUGAGGAGCCCAAAUCAAAGCCCAAAACCCUACUCUGCAGCAAGGGGUCCAGUUUCCGCUAUAGUGGAAGAACCCAAAGGCAACUUCUGGAAUAUGGGAAAAAAGGGAGGUUGAAGAGCUUGCCAUUUGAAAGGAAGCAUUACCUGUCUCAGUACCACGAAAGACAGUGCAGGUCCUCGCCAGACCUUCUCUCUGAUGUGUCAAAACAAGUGAAAGACUUGAGACUAGCCUGUGGCAGCGCAUACUACGGAAAUGUGAAUGGAGUGCAUGCAUCUGAGCCUCUGCUGGACAGCCGGAGGAGGAACUCUGCAGUGGAAGUGACUUUUGCAGCUGAGCUGGAACGUUCCAAACCAGAGGCAGAUCCCACAGCGCUACAUCCCUCCCAGAGCAGUUCCUCUUUCCCAUUUAUUUACACAGACCCUGUCCUCAACAUUGACCUUGAUCUUGACACUGACCCCAGAGACUACUUGGAGGAGAGGAGUCCUCUCAGCUCCUUUCAAACGGGCUGUAAGUUUGCUGACAGCCACAUGAGCCCGUCUUCGGGCCUUACAAGCAAAGUGAGUCCUGCCAGACAGCUAACUUACACAGAUGUUCCCUAUAUUCCUUGCACUGGCGAGCAGGUUGAUAUUAUGCCUCCCCAAGUUUUUUUUUAUGUAGACAGGCCACCCCAGGUGCCCAGGCGUUCUCCAAUCAUAGCAGAGGAGAGGGCAAGGCCAGACAGCUUUUUAGAGCCCGCUGCAAUGAAACCAGCCCGAAGAAGCCCAAGAAAUCUCAGAAUGAAGAACUUCCAGCAGGACUUCCACGAACGCCAAGAAGCCAUGGCCAGGACAAGUGGUAGGAGCAACAUUAAAGUAGAUCGAGAAGAGGAAGACUCAAAUAUAGGAGAUGCAUUUGCAUAUAACAUUCAGAAGCAGCCUCAGAGCCAAUCAGACAUGAAAACUAUCCGUUUUCCUUUUGGGUCAGAAUUUAGACCUCUAGGGCCUUGUCCCGCUCUGAGCCGUAAAGCUGACCUGUUUACAUAUAUGUUUGCAGAACAGGAGCUUCCAGCUAUUCCAAUGGAUCGAGCAACAGCUGAAAGGCAUGUACCCAGUGAAUCCAGUGAUUCUGAUUCAGAGAUUCUUAAAACAGACUACUUCUCAUUGUAUGGCAAGGGAAUCAGUUCACCCAUGGCCAGAAUCCGCCUAUCUUCUGGAAGUCUACAGUUAGAUGAAGAAGAUGAAGAUAGUUCUUUUAAUACAGCAGCUGCGGAAGACAGGACUUUGCUAAAACCAUGUAAUUACUUUUUAGCUUAAAAGUGCGAACUCCAUGAGUAUUUCUCAGCUAGUUCCAUGCUACCAUCUUAGUUUAAAAAAAAAA